GUUCUUGCCGGCUAUUAUAACCUCUAAUAGCAAUCAAAACAACUCGUAUUUCCACAGUGAAGUAUUUCUUUAAUCGUGGAUUAUAACUAAAUUACUGACCAAAUCAAAAAUGUUUCCUACAAAGCAUGGAGUGAUAUUCCGAACACCGGAACAACAUCAGCCACCAGAUGACAUCAGCAUUGCAGGCAACACAUAUUAUCCUAAUCUGAAUUCUCGCGAUUAUGCCAAACGACCGCUGAAUCGUCAUAUUCGCAUGCACAAAGCAUGGGAAUGCAUAUCACUUAAUUCUGAACAACAAGCCGUUAUUGCCACCAACAAGUUAUCGGGCCGUGAGUGGUCAGGAUCCUUGUGGGGAUUCGAAGAAAUUGGCAAUGGUAGUACGCUGAAGCCAUCGAAAGCUACCUACAAACUUCAAUGCCAAACAUUAGUUUCCUGUUUGCGUUUUGUUUCGGAUAAUAUUUUCAUUGUUGCUUUGCGAUCAGGCCGUAUACAGGUAUGGUCUACAAGAUCGGAGGUGCGCAAUACACAAAUACCCUACUGUAUGUUCUUGAUAGGAGAGAAAUGUGAGCAUAUGCGACCUGUUAUUUGUAUGGAUGUAAUGAAGAAUGUAGAUCAUGCAGCAACUGGCAGCAAAGAUGGCACAUUAAAAGUCUGGGAUAUGGGUUCUGCGGAUUUAUUUUCCAUACACACAUUUCGAUAUGCACACACAGAUGUAAUUACAGGUGUUGCAACUUCAAACACAGAUGCUUCAGUAUUUGCGACCUGCUCUUUUGACCAAAGUACCUUACUUUGGGAUGAUCGAUUAACAAGACCUGCAAUAGCUCUGUAUGAAAAAUGCUCAUCACGAUUUAAAAACUUGUCAUGGGCAAAAACCAGUGAUCAUCUGAUUUAUGUAGGAGAUGAAUCGGGUUUUCUGCAUACAAUUGAUACACGAGUGCCAAAAGAAUUUUUGCAAACCUCUAAAUGCUUAAAUAGACCAAUACAUAAAAUUGUUCCAAAAGAGAACAUGAUUGCUCUAAUAGGAGACACAAAUUUGGUUAAGAUUAUUAAUGAGAAUGAUUAUAGUACGAUCUAUGAAAAUGCUGAGUCGGAACAUUUCGUGCGGGAUGCGGUUUGGCGUAAAGAUUCUGAUCUGCUGACAGUUGGCUAUGAAGGCAGACUGCGUAUACAUAAGAUACAGUAAAUAAAUUAGAUCUCUUGGUAUUCGACUAACCGAUAGACGUAAGUCGUCGACUACUUGAUGAACCGCUAAUUUUCGAAUAUCUGGUUAACCGUUCGUUGUGGACUAUUCGAAUAGUACGAGCUCAUUCAUUUUCUUAUUUUUAUUGAAACUGAAGUGACUCACGAAAAAUGGUGCGGAAACUUCUGAAAAUUUUAUAUACGCGCACAAUUUACUUUUUCGCAAAUUUAGAACAAACAAAAAUUAAAAGGUGUUGGAUUUCAAAUUUCAUUUAUUCAAAUACUCGAUUAAUAUUUAUACGAACGGUUACUAACCGGAUAUUCGAAUAGUCGAUUUUCAGGUUAUUCGAAUAAUUUUAGGAGCUCUAAAAUAAAUAUUUAAAAAGCAAAUUGUAAUUAAUUUAUACUUUUUCUCUAUAUGUCUAUAUCAGAGUUAGCGUGGACAUAUUUAGUUAAUGUGUACUAAUAAGAAAUCCAGUACUUUAAUAUUAUAUUCCAGCAAUAACAUUAAAAAAACAACUUCGUAAUCUUAAAGAUGCUUCGAAAUUGUUAAGUACUCAGUUUAUAUGAAAAGAAAAUUUGUCAUGUAUAAGAAAAAUCAGUUUUUAACUUUAAGCCUUCCAUUGUUAUAAUUCGCAGAAUUUUUUAUUUACAAAUCAGAAAUUUCAACAUAUACGAUUAAAAUAUAAAUAUAAAAAACUUAAUACAAAAAUCUAUAGUAAAUGCAUUGGAACAAAGAAACUGCAUAAGUGAAAAUUUAAGGCAAACACAUCACUCGCCAUUGAAAUGAAGUAAUACAAAAGCUUUAUUUGUACCAUGUACGUCUUUAACUUCUCAACAAUUUAAAUUUAGUUCAUCACAGACAAAACGCACUGCACGAUUGAUUCCGGUAUAUCUAACGGCUUU